UCUGUUGUCGAUUUAGUAUAACUAAGUCUGUUCCUAGCGGCUUAUGCGUCGAAUGUUAGCGUCCACGUGAACGCAACAGCUGAUUGCAAUCAACACAUGUUGUGACGACUCGUAAACAACGAGGUGUUUUCUUUUCAAUUAUAUUUUAAAAUUUAAGACAUAAAAUGGCACGUCCUAAAAAGAAGAAGGUUGAAGUUGUAUUUGAUCCACAAAAGCGCAAGGAAUUUUUAACUGGAUUCCGGAAGCGAAAAAAUGAGCGACGCUCCCGCGCCAAAGCCGAAUUAGAUCGUAAUCUGAAAGAGGAACACAAACGCAUACGGCAAGAAGUAAAAGAUGGUUUCAAACAUUUGAAGAAAUCAUUCGAACCACUGCGGGAGCUAACGGCCGAAGAUAAGGCUGAGGGCACAGAAAAGGAGGCCUACGAGGACGAUGAAGUGCAAGUGAAAAUCGUGGAGUUGAGCACCAAUGAUUUGGCUGCACAACGCAACAUGCUUGGUGCCAAUAUCGCAGACGACAGUGAGGAAGAGGAGGCACAAGCAGACAGCGACGAUGACGACGACAAAUUGCAGACGAAUCGGAUACCCGGCAUGGAUUUCGAUGUGAAUGCAAGUCGCAAGCGUAAAGCAGCAGACAAGGAUGAGGAAGAGCCCAGUGAAAAGGCUGCUAAAGGAUCCGCUCAUGAUGCAGAUAUAAAAAGCAAAAAAGAGCUAGACAAGCUGAUGAAAACAAAGACGCUGAAGAAAAUCAAAAAGAGCAAACUGUUCAAGAUGAAGGAGCGCAUGGACAACAAGAACAACCAGAAGAAGGCGAAACGCGACCGCAACAACACCAUCAAGAGUGUGCCCAAGCAUCAGCGCAAGAAGUUAAAGCAUGGUCUGAAGACACCAGGCGGUCAGACGCGCUAUCGCAAGGGUCGCAUGAUGAACAAGAAGGAGCUGCGACGCAAGCGAGGCGGAGGCGGCGAUUAGGGGCGCUCUCAUUUAGCAUAAAUUAUGUAUUAAUUGUAUUCUAUAGUGUUUUUUUCUGUGUUGUACGGUUUAUUCACUAUUACACACUAAUUGAUCGAAAUAAACUGUAUAAUAUAAUUUUGCUAA